AUGAGUGAUUUGGCCAACUCGAAGGGACCGAUGCCUUUCUCGCUGAUCAAGCAGCUGGUGACAAACGGCGAGAUCGACAAGCUUGUGAGAUCGGAAGAGGUUAUGAAGGAAUACACCGCCCAUAAGGAAAAGUUCAAGAAACAAGGCGCAGACAUGAUCACUUUUAUUCUGUCUAGAGAGCUCAAAUGGGUGCCUCAGGACGUGCCUCUGAACACGCCGUCAGAACAGCUGAUUGAGGCGUUUGUCAAGCCGGCCGAUUCGCGGAUGUUUGCCAACGAGGCAGACAUAACCAUCGUGCAGAACACGUUUCCCUACUAUGUGGAGCCCGGCGUACAACAUCUGUGUGUGUGGGUCAAGUUCCCGAUGCCGCCAGACCCGCAGUCCGACAAAGGCGAUAUCUCGCCGAAGGACAAACAGCUGGUGGAAAAAUACAUCACAAACACGUUCUGCAACUGGCUCGGGAUCCCGAGAUCUGAUCUUGUCUGGUUCAAAAACUGGACAAGUCUACAAUCGGUGAGGUCAAUUCCACACAUCCAUGUCAUUAUCAAAGACAUGGACCAGGAUUCGCUCGAUAAAGUCCUCAGAACAGGAGGCAAGGCCUUGAACUAUGGAACGGAAGACUGCAAGUUAUAA